GCCGGAGAAGAAGAGAAGGCCGCUUGGUGUCCGCGCCUCGGGGUCUAAUUAGAGUAAGAGAGACGAGCAGGGUAGCGCGUGUUCCAAAGAGUGUGGGUCUUUGUGUGCAUGAGAGCGCGUGUGUGUUGGCUGGCAACGUUUGCUACUAGUGUGCGACCACCGGUGAGGUACCGCUCGCUGUCCUGAUGGCGGCACAUACGAGCGACCAGGUAUUACAGCAAUGGUUUGCAUCAGUGGACUUGGAUAGAAGCGGUGCUGUGAAUGCCGAAGAGUUACGGAGGGCAUUGGCUGUAGGAAAUCUUCACUUCCCGAUGCGGACGAUCAGUCAGAUGAUCAGGAUGUAUGAUCAGGAUCAGAGCGGACAGAUAUCGUUCAAAGAGUUCGUUCAGCUGCAUAAUUUUCUCUGCGAGGUGUCCGAGAGCUUUUACAUGUACGACAGAGACCGCAACGGUGUUCUUACGUUCCACGAGGUUCUACAGGCGCUGAGAAGACUGCAGUUUAAUGUUGAGCAGCCGGCGCUGGCGUCAGCGUGUCAGGCGUUUGACCCGGCGCGCACGGGCAUGUUGAAGAUGGACGAUUACAUUUCGCUCUGCUGCUUCCUGCAACUCGCCGAUCGCAUUUUCAAAUUCUACGACCAGGGAAACCAAGGGAUGGUGCAUCUGAAUUUCAGCCAAUUCAUUUACUGCGCCGGACAACUGAGUUGACUUGAGUUAUAGUGUCUGUCAAACAUAGUAAACAGUGAUAUGACAAUGGCAUUGAUCUGGUGGACGAACGGGAUGUCAAACAUAAUAAACAGUUAUAUGACAAUGGCAUUGAUCUGGUGGACGAACGGGAUGGAUCGGGGGGACGGCAUCGGCAAUUCUACGAUCACGGAAAAAACUACGGACAGUGCAUCUGAAUUUCAGCCAAUCCGUUUACCGCGCCGGACAACUGAGUUGAGUUGAGUUGAGUUAGUGUCUGUCGAACGCAAACAGUGAUAUGACAAUGCGAUUGAUCUGGUCGACGGACGGCAUCGUCAAAGUCUUCGCAACUUUAAAGACGCUCGGCGCUCGGACGCUCGCGGACGAUCACAGAAGCGGGGGUUGCCUUUACGUAGGUGGAGUUCUGUAGCCUGCGUUGUGGAGAGCUUCUUGAACAGAGGCACCGGAGGCGUUGGAGAAGGUUUGUAUAUCUAUCUGGUCAUUAUUUGGUUUAUUGCUGACGGUCUAUUGUGAACGACCUAAUAACUUCUGUAAUGAUGUUUUGUGCGACAUGGAAGUGCCCUCUUUCUCUCUCUUUCUUUCUUUCUUUCUUUCUUUCUUUCUUUCUUUCAUCGUUUCUUUUUCGUACUUUUUCUUUUCUCGUGGAAGAGACGUGUCAAAGUUGUGCUUGAUCUCUGACUUUUUUUUUCCCUGAGCAGGUUCUGCGACCAACUGGCUUCAAGUUGUGCUCUGCUGCUCUGUCCAUUUUUCCUUUCUUUUUUUUGUGUUAGUACUGUUUCCUUAGCUUUUUGCUACGGUGCUCGGGACAGUCGUGGGUGCGUAAUUCAGAUCAAUCUGUUUUCUGCGGGCGGUACAGUGACCUAAAACUAUCUCUACUUAAGGAAAUAUCGAAUUGUUUACGCAAACGAGGUGUUAAGUGGACAAUGGACCUCGCUGCGCUACUCUCGACAUGCACAAAAGACAAAAAUCAUGGCUCUGUAUCUUUCCAUGUUCUAAGUUCUAACAGAAGAUUCGAUCUCGUUUGCCACAUUUGGAGAGUAGUGCAGCGAGGCCCAAUGUAAUGUGGACUGCAUGAGUGCAGGCUUGGGGAGUGAGAGAGAGGAGAGAGCUGGCUGGUGUCAGCUCCCGCCGUGUGAGGAAUAACAGCUGCUGAGCUGGAAACUGGUCAUGUUGGGUGGCUUCUUGUAUGGCACAAGGGUUUGCUUUCCUGUGCCAGAGGACUUCCAUGCUGAAAUGCUCUCUCUCUCUCUCCAACUUGGUCUCACAAAUGUCCAAGGUGUGGGCUGGUUGACCUGGCAAGAACAAGGAAUAGAAGAAGUCGCCUCGCCAGUAUCCGUGUGACCUAAGGGGCUCGUUAGGUCGGGUUCUCGCUGUAUUUGAAAGAGGCUUCCGUGCGAGAAUGCUCUCUAUCCGACCUGGUCUCACAUAUGUCCCAGGUGUGGGCUUGUCGACCUGGGUAGAAGCGGGAAUAGAAGUCGCCGGGUCGAUAUCGGUGUAACCUAAGGGGCCUGUUAGGUCGGUUUCUCUCUCUUAGAAAGAGGGACUGAGAUGACAGAUGUGCUAAAGGGUGGAUUAUGGGUGCGCAGGCGCGUUUUGCAGGAGAAGGAGAAGAAUAUUCUUAGAAGAAUGGGAGGAUGCUUGGGAGGAAAAAGAAGAAUGGGUGGGGAUGCGGAACUGGUGGGAAGCCGAGGUAGAUGGCGGAGCUGGUGUGGAGCCAUAUAGGCGGGGUGCAAUGGCAGGGAGGUGGCCAUGGUGGCUGGACAACAAACAACAAUGGCUGCGUGCGAACGACGAUGAUUGCUGCAGGACAACAACGAUUGACGAUGGUGAUGGCUGCAUGGUGAUGAUAGGGAGGCCUAACACAAUGGAAGGCCAUCUGGCAGUUUUUCCGGGCCAUUUGGAAUUCAUCUGGACAAGAAAAACUGUCGUGGGCCCUCUUUGCUUUCGCCCUGUUCCGUAGAUCACAUGCUAUCGAGAGUGGACAUUUUUGGAAUUUCAGAUAAUGGGAUCGGUGACUCCGGGCUGGGGGCUGUGGUAUGUAUGCUGGUCUGUACAAUGCAGUCUGGGUUGGUACUAUGUGGAGUGAGUGGGUGGNCGGUGACUCCGGGCUGGGGGCUGUGGUAUGUAUGCUGGUCUGUACAAUGCAGUCUGGGUUGGUACUAUGUGGAGUGAGUGGGUGGGUGGUACUAUGUGGAGUGAGUGGGUGGUACUAUGUGGAGUGAGUGGGUGGUACUAUGUGGAGUGAGUGGGUGGUACUAUGUGGAGUGAGUGGGUGGUACUAUGUGGAGUGAGUUACUAUGUGGGGUGGGUGGUACUAUGUGGUGGGGGUGGUAGGGGGGGGGGGGGGGGGGGGGGGAGUGGGUGGUACUAAUACUAUGUAGGAUGGGUGGUACUAUGUGGUGUGGGAGUGGGAGGUACUAUGUGGAGGGCCCACAACAGCAUGUGGGGUGGUACUAUGUGGGGUGGGCGGUACUACGUUGAGGGCCCACGGAAGCAUGUGGGGUGGUACUUUGUGGAGUGGGUGGCACUAUGUGGCAUGGGCGGUACUAUGUGGAGGGCCCACGAAAGCAUGGAGGGUGGUACUUUGUGGGGUGGAUGGUACUAUGUGGCAUGUGCGGUACUAUGUGGGUAUGCGGAGCGGGUGGUACUAUGUGAGGCAUGGCGGUACUAUGUGGAGUGGGUGAGUGCCCCAGCACUUCCGCUGCUCCGCUGCCAUUUGGCCCCAAUCCGUAUUCGGUGUUCUGUGCGAUGGUGGUACUAUGUGGAGUGGGUGAGUGCCCCAGCACUUCCUCUGCUCCACUGCCAUUUGGCCCCAAUCCGUAUUCGGUGUUCUGUGCGAUGGUAUCAAGCGCGAACUGGCUUCACUUAAAAAAGCUUAUAUACAUAUGAAAAUUACAUUCACCAUCUGCACACAAUCAAACAACACCAACAAAAGUGUGCAAGUACA